UGCAGCGGUGUCGCACUCAGAGCGGUCCGGGUGAGAAAGUGGGUGAAAGGUGCAGCGGCAGGAGUGACAGCAGCUCACCAACACACCUCACCGAGACACAAACACACAGUCAACAUGUCCAAACAGAAGCAGCAGGCGAUCAGUCCUCUGAAGAACUUCUUCGCUGGAGGCUUUGGAGGAAUCUGCCUCGUUGCAGCCGGACACCCUCUCGAUACCAUUAAGGUGCGUUUACAGACACAAGCCAAACCCAAACCUGGAGAGAAGCUCAUCUAUGCUGGAACCAUCGACUGCUUUAAAAAGACCUUAGCCAAAGAGGGUUUCAAAGGACUCUAUAAAGGCAUGGCAGCCCCGAUCAUCGGGGUCACACCCAUGUUUGCUGUCUGUUUCUUUGGAUUUGGAAUGGGCAAGAAAUUCCAACAGAAAACCCCCGAUGAUAUCCUUACGUAUCCUCAGCUGUUUGCUGCAGGGAUGUUGUCUGGUGUGUUCACCACGGCCAUCAUGGCUCCUGGAGAGCGAAUCAAAUGCCUCCUACAGAUCCAGGCAGCGACAGGAGAGGUGAAGUAUUCGGGACCCAUGGACUGUGUGAAACAGCUCUACAAACAGUCUGGGAUCAGAGGGAUCUACAGAGGCACCGCUCUGACUCUCAUGAGAGAUGUUCCAGCCAGUGGGAUGUACUUCACGUCCUACGAGUGGUUGAAGAACGUCCUCACACCGGAGGGAAAAAGCCACAACGAGCUCAGCAUUCCCAGUGUGCUGUUCGCUGGAGGCAUGGCCGGCAUCUUCAACUGGGCCGUCGCCAUCCCAGCUGACGUUCUGAAGUCACGUUACCAAACAGCUCCUGAUGGAAAAUAUCCCAAUGGUUUCCGGGACGUUCUGCGGGAGCUGAUCAGAGAGGAGGGCGUGGGCUCUCUGUAUAAAGGCUUCAACGCAGUCAUGCUUAGAGCUUUCCCUGCAAACGCUGCUUGUUUCUUAGGGUUUGAGAUGGCGAUGAAGUUCUUUAACUGGUUAGCACCGGAUCUGUGAUGAAGACUCGGCAUCGCCUUCGUUUAUGAAACCGAAGAAGAGUGCUCGUAACACAACGUAGUUAUUAGCAGCACACACACACACACACACCCCCACUCAAUGAAUGAGUGCUUUUUAUCUUUGAAACCUCAAGCUAUGCAGGGCACUUGGAUCAUUCAGACCUGCGGUGGAUUCAGAGCAGAGAUGUUGGCUCUGUACCAAUAUGCACACACACAGAUACACACACACACACAGACAGCCGAUUGUUCUUACUCCUUUUUGCUUUACUUGUUUUCUUUAAAUGGUGUUAUUUUUCAUAUCAGAAAAGGAGUGAAGUGAACAUGUCGUGCCUUACCUUUCCAUUAUCUGCGAGCAGGUGUGAAUAUCAGGGAAAAGGUGCUCUGCGUUGUUCUGUGUGUGUUCAGUCUCUCAGCAAUACAACACUUCCUGUGAGCUCCGCCUCCACUCAGCAACACCGACGCUAGCUACACUUUCUGUUUGUUUUAAUGUGAAAUAUCAGAGUAAUCAUACUGAGAUUGAUUGAACAGUUUAUGAAUGUCAUCAUGUAAAAAUAUUAAAGCAGAAUCCAUAUUUAGAAAA